CAGUGCGCGUUGCGACAGUGCGCAGGACAGGGAAGGAAAGAGAGGAGGGAGAAAGAGAGAGAGAGAAGGUAAACAUCGGAAAUUAUGGCUGAAAUUGGAGCUGAAAAUCGUAGAACUCUUGCACAAAUAAGAGCAGAACGGUUUGAUAAUGAAGGACACUCUACCGCUUCUAGCGAGGAACAAGAGCAAGUUGAGAGGAGUGUUUUAACCCAAUAUGACAUUUAUGAUAAACGAGCUGAAGUUGAUGAAGAAUGCCCUGUCCUAUUACGACAAAAGCAUAUCAGCUUUUUGAAAAAAUCUUUGACCCAUCUGCCUGGUGGAUUUCAGUGCCUUGAUAGCAGCAGACCUUGGUUGGUGUAUUGGAAUGUUCAUGCCCUGGCUCUGCUUGAAGAAUCGUUGAUGUCAGAGGAUUAUUCAUCUCUUGCUGGUUUCCUUGCAAAGUGCCAGUCGCCAAAUGGAGGGUUUGGUGGUGGUCCAGGCCAAAUGCCUCAUUUGGCGUGCACGUACGCAGCUGUAAAUGCCUUAUGUACCAUUGGAACCAAGGAGGCAUUCAACGUUAUCAAUAGGGAAAAACUGCAGCAAUUUUUUUGGUCAGUGAGACAACCUGAUGGCUCAUUCAUAAUGCAUCAAAAUGGUGAGGUCGAUGUGAGGGGCGCAUACUGUGCACUCUCUGUGGCAAAACUCACCAAUAUCUAUACCCCCAGCCUGUUUGAAGGCACCGCAGAGUGGAUAGUUAGAUGUCAGUCAUAUGAAGGAGGAUUUUCUGCAUGUCCAGGAAUGGAGGCACACGGUGGCUAUUCAUUUUGUGGUCUUGCAACAUUGUUCAUGCUUGGUAAAGACCACUUGUGUGACAUAAAUGCUUUCACGAGAUGGAUUGUUAAUAGACAAAUGAGAUUAGAGGGUGGGUUUCAAGGCAGAACAAAUAAGUUGGUCGAUGCAUGUUAUUCAUUUUGGCAAGGCGGAGCCUUUCUUUUUCUACAUAAUAUUUUAUUUAGAGAAAAUAAAACUGUUGUCAGUGCUGACAAAUGGUUAUUCAAUCAAGAAGCUUUACAAGAAUACGUACUUAUGUGUUGCCAGUUAGCAUCUGGUGGACUCAUUGAUAAGCCAGGAAAACCUAGAGACGCUUACCAUACAUGUUAUGCACUAAGUGGACUAUCUAUUGCUCAACACACCUCCCUUGUCAAAAAAUGUGUACUUGGAUCCAAAUCUAACCUACUGGCACCAAUUCAUCCUAUGUACAACAUUACAGUUGAUUCAGCAGUGAAGUCAAUGAAGUAUUUUGAAAAUCUUGCUGUUCCUCAGAUUAGCUAAUUUCAAGUCAUACUAUUUGUGGCUUCCAGGGUAACUUUAAGUGCCAUAGUUCAAACCAUUUUUUGGUGGAAGCUAUCCUCCAAUUUGUGAUAUUUUUAAUGUAUUUUAAUAACAAUGUUUACAAUAACUAAAUUACCAAGACUUAAAGGUUCUGUAAUACUGCAGUCUAAACUCAAAUGCUUUAACUAUACUGCAUACAUUUCCACUCAUGGAAAAUUAAGUUUUCAUUGUUUUUCCCUUUUAAUGUUACCGUUGCUUCAGAAGGAUUUUCUCUUUGUAACUUCUAUCGCCUAUCGGACUAUCAUUGCAUCGCUAAAUUGUUUGAUGUGCAUCUUUGUAUUUCUAUCUUGCAUGUCUGUGAAGAAAAUAAUUAUUUGAAUUGCAAAUCACUCCAUUUUGAAAGUAAAUAUGAUGCACUACAGAGCCUUCAAAAAUAUUGUAAAAUAUUUUUGGGACUAUCAACCUUGUUGUAUGUAACUGUAGUUUUAGUUUCAAUGUUUCCUUUUGCAAGCAUAUUCUUCAAGAAUAAUCAUAAAUCAGUCUUUUUGAGGACCAUAAGAUUGUUUUUCUUCUUGAACUGUGUUUGCAAGUUGCUAAUAUUUGUUACAGAAGUAUUUUUACACAUGUGUUACUAUACAUUUCAACUUCUUCUACCUAUUUGAUUGUCAUUUCUUUAAUUCUGAUGGCAUUGUGCUUAUUCGUGUGUGAUGCAUGUCUUUGUCAACAAAUAUAUUAUAUGAAUUUUUUGCUUUACAUGUCUUGCAUGUCUUUGGGAACGAAAUGAUUAUUUUAAUUUGCUAAUUGUUUAUUUCACAAAGUUGAUAUAAGUCAUCAAAAAAUAUUCUAAAAAUAUUUUUUGAGACUACCAACUGUGUUUGUAAAUAGAACUGUAGUUUUAGUUUUGAUGUUGUUUUGACUAAGUGUUCAUCAAGGUCCUUACUGAGCAUGUACUCAUAUGAAAAUGAACUGAUUAUAGGUCCUUCAAGGUCCGAGCGAGCAAAUAUUCAUAAGAGUGAACUGAUACAAAGGUCCUUUCCAGGCGUCUUCGAGCAUAUAUUCAUUAAGGUGAACUAAUAUUGACCCUUUCAAUUCACAGUGAUGUUUGUACUUAUUUUCUCUUUUUAUGUGACUGUUGUCAAACUCAUUUGUUAGUUGAAUAAAAAAGAACCAUAAUUAAA